UCACGAAUUUUUCUUUGUUUUCACCCGAAUGCGCGCGUCAAAACUGAAAUUUCGUUCGGAUUCCACCUCCCUUGCGUGUUGCUAAGCUGUGGAAAAUAAGGUUGUGUUGUUAUUGCGUAGUAAAUGUAGCUGCAACAUGUUGUAAUUGAAGGCCUUUGAUAUUCGGUUCUCCUGAACAAUGGCUAAUGCCACCGAAACCAAGUAUGUCACCGAAGUACCAAGCAGUCUAAAGCAACUGGCUCGUCUUGUUGUCCGCGGCUUUUACUCGAUCGAAGAUGCGCUCAUAAUUGACAUGUUGGUGCGAAAUCCUUGCAUGAAGGAAGAUGAUAUUGCAGAGCUAUUACGUUUCGAAAAGAAACAAAUGCGCGCACGUAUCUCAACUUUGCGCAAUGACAAAUUUAUACAGAUCCGUUUAAAAAUGGAGACAGGACCUGAUGGCAAAGCACAAAAGGUCAACUACUAUUUCAUUAAUUAUAAGACAUUUGUGAAUGUUGUCAAAUAUAAAUUGGAUUUGAUGCGCAAGCGUAUGGAAACAGAAGAACGUGAUGCCACCAGUCGUGCCAGUUUCAAAUGCACAAACUGCGAUAAAACAUUUACGGAUCUCGAAGCCGAUCAACUCUUUGAUUUCACAACAGGCGAAUUCCGCUGUACAUACUGCGGCAGUCCUGUGGAGGAAGACAGUUCUGCGAUGCCAAAGAAAGACUCGCGUUUAAUGCUGGCGCGAUUUAACGAGCAAUUACAACCACUUUAUGAUCUAUUACGGGAAGUGGAAGGCAUUAAGUUAGCGCCGGAAAUACUUGAACCCGAACCUGUUGAUAUCGACACAAUACGAGGCCUGAACAAACCUCUCAAUCAGCGGCCUGAUGGUCAACAAUGGUCCGGAGAGGCGACACGUAAUCAAGGUUUUGCAGUCGAAGAAACGCGUGUUGAUGUUAGUAUUGGCGGCGAUGUACAGGAAGCUGUUACCGAACGUAAGGCACGCCCAGUCUGGAUGACAGAGAGUACGGUUAUAACGGAAGACAAUCAUGAUGCCACCGAUGCCAUUUUGAACGAAGCGGCACAAUCAUCCACGCAGCAUACGAUUAGCGUGGGUGGUUCAACAAAUAAUCGCAGCAAAAAGGAGAAUGAAGAUAUUAUGUCGGUGUUGCUACAACACGAAAAGCAAACCAAUCAAAAGGAUUCUCCAGCAAAAGGACUUAAAUAUGGAUCGUCGAACGCAGACUCUAGUGAUUCUAGUGAUGACGACAAGGACAUAGAUAAUAUGAAAAUACCCAAAGUUGAUUACAAUAACUUUAUCAAUUCCGAAUCAGAAGACGAUGAUGACGAUAUUCCUACAGUGCAUGUUUCCGGACGACCACAUCCAAUCGAUCAAAUCAAUGAUGAACUUAUAGCUCAAAUGACGCAGCAAGAAAAAGAAAACUAUAUACACGUUUAUCAACAGCACUACAGCCAUAUUUACGAUUAAAUUGCCAAUUUUCUGAAUUGGCACACACAUUUAUGUAAAUUGGUUGUCAAUUUUUGAAUUAUAUUUUUUAUUAGUUCAAUCUUACUUAAACUUUACUGCAAUUUAUUUAAUUUCGUUUUAUUUGCUGUUGAAGUUCAUUAUAAUUGAACUUAUGACAAGGAAAGUAUAGGUAUGCACCUUCAUAAAGAAAAAAUAGAGGGAGCAGUUUUAUUUAAAAUCAUGCCAACAUUUGUUAGCAGUAAUCAAGAUGAGUUAUUUAAACAAAAAUCAUUUAAAAAUAAAAACGAAAAUGUUUAAAAAGUGCAUUUAAACUUAA